CAUAAUACGCGGCACUUAUCCACCCUUCUCCAUUUUCCUCAUGUUACUUUUGAAAUAUCGCACACACAUACACGACUUGACAUAACCACGGUCGGCAAGCAAUUUUAUCUCUUUACCCCUUUUAUUGAACCUAUAACCACAAUGGCCAUACCAGCAGCACCACUGCCAUGUAUAUCCUGCAUCCAUCCAUGCCACUGUACCGACCCACCCUAUCUCUCGCGCACUCCAAACUCCCCCCGAUCCCUCAAGCCUCGCGACCCGCCGUUCAUCGCAAUUGGCGCCGGUGCAAGUAGCAUCGUCUAUGCCCGAAGAAAUCGUCACAAUCCGCACCUGUCAUCGAGCAGUCCCGCCCGCUGCGUCCUCAAGCGCUCACUCAACACCCUCGAAAGUGACCUGGCUAUCUGGAACGAAUACGUCAUGCACGCCCGCGUGCUACAGAGCUUAGCGGAGUGCAAGCCCACGCUCGCACCCACAAUCUCGGUGCCUGCGUGCCACGACCUCGUGCUCGCAGGUCCACGCUUUGACAAUUGGUGGGCAACGCGCGAAGCGCGCUUUCCGUCAUCCGAGAAAGAGCGUGGGUGCAUCGCCAUAUCAGAGCGUAUCCGGGGCUUCGGCGGCAAGGAGAUCGAUGCUGUGGACGAUAAGCUGUGGCUUGAUGGGCUGUGUCGACAGGCGAUCCAGGGAGAGGAGGAGGAGAGUGUGUUGCUCAGGGUGUAUCUGGGACGCACUAAAAGACUGAGUGGGGGAACCAGCCCGGGCAAGUCUGAACUGGGCGAUUAUGCGCUGUGUGUGGAUCAGAUGGAGGCGUUGGAGUUGCCGAUGGAAGAGUAUGCGCGAAGUAUGGCGGAGGUGUUGGCAAUAAUGUACUUUGAUGUAGGCAUGGAUGCAGCAGGGAUUGAGUUUGUGAUUGCGCCGCCACGGGCGAAACCACGUGAACGAAACGUCGGUAAAUUCCAGGAGAUGGGCUUGGGUGGCCCGGAUUCACCGUGGAUUUCGGAGGCGUUGGGAACGCAUACUUUGUGGUUAUUGGACUUCGACGAGGUGAAGAACGUGGUAUGGGGGCGGGAAGGACUGGAGAGGGCUGCGAUAGCCUUCCUUGAUAAUAAUCCUUACUUCCCGCGACCGGGCCAAAAGCACAAGAGUGAUCGCAUGUUGUGGAAGGUAUUCAAGAGUAGAUUCCUGGAGGCUAGUAAGAUGAUCAUUGGGAGAAAAUCGGUCGACGAGGCCGAUAAAUUGAUGGACAUGCCGGGGGCGUUCAUGAAUAAGCUCGAGCAAAUCGUGGACGAGAAGAAUCGAGCAUCGAUUAGGCUCGUAUAUUCGUUCGAGAAUAUCAAGGUUGGGGACAACCCUAAGUGUGCUAUUCAAGAUUUCGCUUUUGUCUUGUCAAGAACAUGAUAUGCUUUGG